CUCUUCUCCCAUUCCGCAUUUGCGAAUGUCGGAAAAUAAAUAAAUGUCCUGUUUUACAGCGUCUUUGAAUCUCGGGGACUUCUAUGCAAAUGUCUCUUUCCCUUCACAAGAGCAGUGGCAGUAGCAGUGUUAGCAGUGUACUGCCACUGCCGCGGAGCCGUGCUCCUCUCCGAGGCGAUAAUGGCGAUGCGGUGCGGUCACCGCCCGGUGAUUCUACUCCUCGUCGUCUUCGUCGUCGUUGUUUCCUCUCCGUUCUCCACGGCACUGGGGGUGAACUGGGGCGGGGCCUCCUCGCAGCCCCUCCCGGCGCCGAAGGUGGUGACGGGACUCCUCCGCCCCAACGGCGUGGUGCGCGUGAAGCUCGCCGACGCCGAUCCCGCCGCGCUCGCGAGCCUCGUCGGCUCCGGGAUCGGCGUCGCCGUGGGGAUCCCCAACCAGAUGCUCCGCGACCUCGGCGCCUCCAAAAAGGCUGCAGCGAGCUGGGUCCACGACAAUGUCACCCGCUACCUCUCCGACCGUGGACCCGGCGCACGCCUCGGGAUCGAGUAUGUUGCCGUCGGUGACGAGCCGUUCCUCCUCAGCUAUGGGAAAGAGUUCGAACCUUAUGUAGUUGGUGCAGCAACGAACAUUCGGCUUGCCUUGACUGCCGCAAAAGCCGACAGGAUCAAAGUUAUAGUUCCUUGCAGCUUCGAUGUAAUCCAAACUGAAUCUAAUCUCCCUUCGAAGAGCCACUUCAGGCCCGAUCUCAACAAGACCAUGACCGACCUCCUCUCCUUCCUCGCCAACUACAGCUCCCCCUUUGUGAUCGACGUCAAUCCUUUCUCGGCCCUUCAGCAGAAUAAGAACCUUUCCCUCGACUAUCUCCUCUUCCAGAAAAAGUCUCGUCCAAUUACCGAUGGAAACAGCAGUUACAACAAUUUUUUCGAUUUAAGCAUCGAUUCUUUGAUCUCGUCUUUGUCGAAGGUUGGGUUCGGUGAAAUGGAAGUUGUAGUGGGGAGAAUAGGAUGGCCUACGGACGGAGCUGUGAAUGCCACUCCAUCUGUUGCCCAAACCUUCAACAAAGCCCUAAUUGACCACUUGAAGACCAAGUCGGGAACUCCGCUUCGGCCCAAAAGGUUUCCAACUGAGACAUAUCUAUUCAGUCUUCUUGACGAAGAUCGGCGCAGUAUAACAGCCGGUAAUUACGAAAGGCAUUGGGGAAUCUUCACCUUUGACGGCCAAGCUAAGUACAAUGUCGACUUGGGCCAAGGUUCGAAGAGCCUAGAGAGUGCUCAUAAUGUGGAGUAUCUUUAUCCUAGGUGGUGUGUGGUGAAUAAUAACAAUGAUAAGGACUUAUCAAAUGUUACUGCCGGCGCCUCCGAGGCUUGCUCUAAUGCUGAUUGCACUGCUUUGUCGCCUGGGAGUUCUUGUUUUGGAAUAGGUUGGCCCGCCAAUGUGUCGUACGCGUUCAACAGCUAUUAUCAGCAGCGCGAUCAGAGUCAAGAGAGCUGUGACUUUGGUGGGUUAGGGUUGAUAACGACUGUCGAUCCUUCUUUGGGUGAUUGCCGGUUUGCUAUCGCGCUUCGCACAUCUUUCUCCACUUCGAUUCAUGAGACAUUAAUUGCCACAAGGAUGAUGAUUUUGAGUGCGUUUGUUUGGCUUUAUCUGCUUAGCUUCAGUUAGUAUUGACUUGUUGGACGGAAAAAUUUUGGUUGUAUCAUUAAGAGUUGGCGCUGAUGAGGGCUCUCGAAUAGAUCUUGUACUGCAAGAUGCUGUAUUAUAGCAUUUUUGAGUUAAUUCCGGGUGACACUUUCUGCUUGUGAACCUCAAAUUUGUGAUUUCAUUUAUGGUU